AUGUCACAACUAUCGUUACAAAGAGCACCAAUAUUGCAAGGUAAUUCCGAGCAAAAGCGCCCUAUUCCGUACCGGAAUCUAGCGGUCGGGGCGUUGAUGAACGUCUUUCAGGAUCAUGUUCUAAUUGAACUAGUCACUACCCUCGGGCAGCCUAUGGAAGUACUCAAGACUCAUCUGGCAGCAAAUCGACAAGACACACUGAAAGAUGCAGUUCAAAAAACUUGGUCACGUGGAAGAUUUGUCGCUUUUUAUCAAGGGCUGAUUCCUUGGGCGUGGUUGGAAGCAUCCACCAAGGGUGCCAUUUUGAUAGUAGCAUCAAGUGAGGUCGAGUAUCACGCAAGAACAAAGCUCAACGCCUCGCCUACAGUAUGUGGUGUUUUGGGCGGUAUUAGCGGUGGCAUUGCUCAAUCCUAUCUCACGAUGGGCAUGACAACAUGCAUGAAGACGGUCGAAGUGACACGCACAAAGAUAGGUGCCCAGGGCGCCAAAGUUCCCGGUACGAUGAAGACUUUCUUCAGUAUUCUCCGUGAAAAGGGAAUUCGAGGUGUCAAUAGGGGCGUCAAUGCCGUUGCAUUGCGACAAGUUACCGGGUGGUCUUCCAGAAUUGGAAUCUCUCGCUUUGCCGAGGAAAGCAUUCGAUCUAUGACUGGAAAGGGUAAGAAUGAGAAACUUCAAUUCGGCGAGAAAAUUUUGGCAUCAACCAUUGGCGGUGCCCUUAGUUGCUGGAACCAACCUUUUGAAGUCCUCCGAGUGGAAAUGCAAUCUAUGAAGAAUGAUCCCACUCGCCCCGCAAAUCCGACAAUUGCAUCCACAUUCAAGCACAUUCUUGCAGUAUCUGGUGUCAAGGGCUUGUUCCGUGGUGUAGUGCCUCGGAUUGGAGUGGCAGCCUGGGCUACAAUUUGCAUGGUGGGAUUUGGCGACACGGUUAAAGAGGUGGUUGCAAGCAAGUGA